UCACGCUGCGCGCAUUCCAGUUUCACAGAGCGCUCAACGGAUCAGGGGAGACGGCGCAUUCCUGUGUAGGCGCGGCAGACCUUCCAGAGCGGGUUGACCGGGAGAAAGACGCUGAAACCCGGCAUCAGCUGGAGGGAAUGACGGCAGGUGUUCGCGGGUAGCUGGCAGGAGGAGAGAGGAGAGAGGAGAGGGGAAGACUGGGUGGGAAAUGGAUUGCGUAAAGCAGUCGGAGCCUGUGCCUGUACCAUCUCCAGGAAGUUUGAAGCUCUGAUUGGAGGUGGAUUUUCUAAGUUUUGUCCAUGGCGGGGUGCUGUGACUGGAUCUACCGCACCUGCGUGUGCUGCCUGUCGGAGGAUGAGAAGACCGCCAUCGCUGUGGACAAAGAGAUCAAGAGGAUCCUCAGGCAGCAGAAGAAGAAGGAGAGACGAGAGAUUAAAAUCCUGCUGCUGGGAACUGGAGAAAGUGGGAAAACCACCUUCCUCCGACAGAUGAAGAUCAUCCACGGCCGAGGCUUCUCCGAAGAGGAGCGGAAAUCCUUCGCUAAGUGUAUCUACCAGAACAUCUUCACUGCCAUCAAAGCCAUGACUGGAGCCAUGAACACGCUCAGAAUCCCUUACACCAGCCCUGAGAACGAGAGGUUCGCCAGGUGGCUGCAGGAUGUGAACACGAUGCACAUCGUCCACCUGGAGAGGAGAUACGUGGAUGCCAUCCGCCGCCUCUGGUCAGACCAAGGAAUACGGAUCUGUUACAGCCGUCGCUGCGAGUAUCAGCUCCUGGACUCCACCGAGUACUACCUGAACAACUUGGAGCGGAUCUCGGCCCACGAUUACAUCCCCACGGAGCAGGACGUGCUGCGUGUUCGGUUUCCCACUACGGGCAUCCACGACUACUCCUUCACCAUCAAGAACAUCACGCUAAGGAUUGUGGAUGUUGGCGGCCAGAAAUCGGAGCGUCGGAAGUGGAUCCACUGCUUUGAAAACGUGACCUCGCUCAUCUUCCUGGCCUCCCUCAGCGAGUACGACCAGGUCCUGGAGGAGAGAGAGACCAUCAACCGCAUGCAGGAGAGCCUGGCUCUGUUCUACACCACCAUCCACUCUGCCUGGUUCCACAACACCUCCAUCAUCCUCUUCCUCAACAAGACUGACAUCCUGGAAGACAAGAUCCGGACGUCAGAUCUGGGGAAAUACUUUGACAGUUUCACAGGUGAGAAGCAGAACGCUGAGCUAGCAAAGCAGUACAUCCUCAAAAUGUACGAGCAGCGUUCCAUGAACCAAGAGACCCGGGUGUGGAAGACCAUGUACCCACACUUCACUUGUGCCACAGACACCAACAACAUCCGCAAGGUUUUUACCGACAUAAGAGACACGGUUCUGCUCAAGUCGCUAAGGGACUACGGAGUCCUCUGAACUGUCACUCAGCGGCGCGAGGCAGAAGGAGACGCGACGGGUUCCCCACAUCCGUCAGGCUGACAGGACUGAAAGCAGCGACUGAACACUUUCUCACACGAAGAACUCUUUCCGUAUGAAAUCCUCUCCGACUGUCAUGUCUUAUGGGUUUUUAACGGAGCAGCAGGCGGGAUUAUUUCUUCUCUCGCAUCUAGAUUUCAGAACAUGAAGAUCUGUACUAAAAGCUGGAAUCACGUAGUUUGAAUCACAAACUGUGUUUAUCGGUAGGGUUGCUUUACAAAAGAAGCGUUUGGCUCAAACGUUAUGCAUGUUGCUCUGUAAAUGACGCUGAAGUAGAGACGCUAUGAAGUACAGCAUGGCCAUUAGUGGUGGAGAUGGGGUCAUGCUCUCCACUGCUGCGGUGCACACAUGAACAGCUGCAGGUGCAGACAGAUAACGUAGGAGCCUGUAAAAGUUAAUAUUUUUCACCAAAAUGUGAACUGUUAGGACAGAUAUUUAUCGGAAUAAGCUGUGUUUUUCUUUUAACAAUCCAUUAUGAAUCUUGGAAAUAUAAUGUAUCUCUACAACAAAGACCCCAAAGCAGGUCAAAUUCUUGAAAUAGAAGCUGCCGCACUACACUGAAUUUGGCUGAUGAAUUUACUGCUUAAUGUGUUAAAAGCUACACUGUCAAGCUGCUCAGAUGAAUGUUUUUUCCAAGCCCGUUUUGAGUUUUAAAAAGGCACUUAUUGAGUUUUUCUGCUUCUGAUUUCCAGUUUUAUUUGAGGUCUGACUUGCCAAUUCAAAUCUGAACCCAUUUUUCAAUCUUUUCUUUGCACUUAAAAGAAAAAACGAAGAAAUGGCAAAAAUGCGUGCCAAAGUACAUGUUUUGGUCGAUGCACUAGGAGACUGAACAUGAUGGGAUUUUAUGUUUUUGAAGCAUUUAGUGAAUAGCCUGAAGAAAAGACUGAUUUUUCAGUAUUUGUUGUGUCAGGGGGAAAUCAGCUGAAUCCAACUUUGGGCGAUUGAUUGAUGCACCUGUGGUUUUUAGUGACGGAGGAGAAACGCUAUACGGACACAGUUUUUCAGGAGGGAUUUAUAGUUGACUUAUGCAGAAGUCUACAGACUUACCUGUACCCGUGUACAAACCCUUAUAUUAUAUACAUAUUUAAUUUAAGAUAAUAUCUAAGAAAAUGUAUCAUCCUGCAACUGAAAACUUCUGUUUUUUUAUUGUUGUUUUUUUUUUGUUUUUUUUUGUUUUUUUUUGUGGUGACAAACUCUCCUGGUGAGUCCUGGAGUCGAUUUAUGGAAAAGGAUCUCAACCCCACUGUCGAGCACGGUGGAUAAUCUGUGAUGCUGUGGGCUCAGAAGAAGCUUGAUGUCUGAAAAUCUGGUGGACGUUGCCUGAAAUCUGAAUACUUUUCAUCAUUUGCUGGGAACACUCAAUGUUAUCUACUACACUUAUGCUUCUUCAUUUUAUGGGCAGGUAUGUUUUAUCUCAGUGUUGCCAAUUCAUUAUUGCUGCCUGGUGGUGCAAAAAAAAAAAAAAAAAAAAAGCCUCCAAUCUGUUAAUCCAAGCUUUCAAAUCUCUUUUUGGGUAUUUUCUAUGUAUAUAACUGAGAGAAAGUGAAAUGUAGAAGUCUGUCAGUGGCUGAAAUAUGAAGUGGUGUCCUACUUGAAACGGUCAGAUAAUUGUACUCCCAUACUUUAAUAACAUUAAAGGCUAAAUAAAACAAAGUUAAAGUGUAAUAAUAACUCGGCCUCGUAUCGAUUUAAAUUGUGUCUUUCAUCUGUCGUAUCAAUUUCAAGAGUCCAAAAGUCGUAAAAAGAAAAAUAAUAAUUUAAAAUCAUAAAACUAUCUGACCUGAAUGUAAAGCUCAUUGGAGCAGAGCAUUAAAAAAACACGUUUCUGAUUCUUUGCGAUGCAUUUGAGGCCCUCUGUGCAUAACUGCUGUUUUUGAUUCAUUUGUAAGUCUUGAAUUUGUGAUAAUUGUUUACCUGUUGGACACAGACUGUGACCAGAGAGUGUCGGUGAGUGACCUGCCCUCCUUUGGAGGCAGUAAAACAUUUGUGUAGAGUCUGGUGGAGGAAGAAUAAAAAACAUGGUUUUUAUAGUUAAUAUUAAAGAGAAAAUC